CCGUACCUCUACGGACAGAAGUUCCUCCUCGUCACGGAUCAUGAGCCUUGCUGUCCCUCAAGAGGCUCACCAACUACACGGGUAUGAUUGGACGUUGGGUGGUACGAUUGCAAGAGUACGAUUUCGAUAUCGUUCAUCGGAAAACGGCGAAGCACAGGAACGCUGACGGUUUGACACGUCUGCAUCGACCCGACAAGUGUACGACGCGACAGGCGGCCGAAAUCGCGCGAUACGUCAACCGUUUUCUCGGGAUGCACCAGGACACCGAGGAGAUCCUGACGGACAAUGGGGCGGAAUUUAGAGGGGAAGUCUUGAGGAACCUAGUCCUACAUAACAGGAGUGCGGAGGACGAGAUCUCAGACGACGAGGUGGAGUUACUGCUCAUCCAGGGGUGGAGAACGGACACGGAGGGAGAUUUUUUGGGAAUCUUAUUCGGAGAAGUGCGAGACGGCCAUCUGAGUUCCAUUACAGACGAGCUGUUGGUGCUUCUCACCCAAGUGCUGGACGAUCUGCCGUUGGAGAUCCUCUCACAUUGUGACGAGAAGUCGGGAACAGCCACGCUCGCGCGUACCCUGGAGCCGCAUCUCCUUUGGUCCACCUGUACGGAGUUCGAGGAGGGUAGCUACUACCUACCCUCGAGAGAUGCAUACCUGGUCAUCGACGUCACUGAUUGCUCAUCUUGGGAUCCUCUUAUUCGGCGAGUGAACGUAGGAGAGACCAGCGAGGAAACCGAAGAGGAAGAAGAGGAAGAAGAGGAACAGGAGGAAGAGGUCGAGGAAGAAGGAGAGGAGACGCCGGAAGAAAAGGAAUCGGGGGCUGAAUCGGACAAUCCCGAUUAUCGAGAAUCAGAGGACGCCGAAUCGGAAGAAGCCAGUUCGGGGCAGGCGGAGGAAGAAGAAAGUGGAUCGGGUGAAUCAAGUGAUCCCGAAUAGCUGAGCAGGGAAGAAAGAGAGGUCGUGGCACAGAGGAACCGGGCGGCAGCAGAAGGCAAGCGGCCAAUCGAAGAA